CUGAUACGGUCCAGACAUAAGGACAUAAGGCGCACCAACGCCCAGUUCACCCACUGGGUUGGGAACGGCGACUUCAUCAAGCACUCCAACGCUGACAUCGCUCUGAUCCGCAUCCCGCACGUCGACUUCUGGCACAUGGUCAACAAGGUGGAGCUGCCCAGCUACAACGAUCGCUACAACGACUACAACGAAAGGUGGGCCGUGGCCUGCGGCUGGGGCGGCACCUACGAUGGCUCCCCUCUGCCCGACUACAUGCAGUGCGUCGACCUCCAGAUCAUGCACAACUCCGAGUGCCAGGGCUACUAUGGCAGCGGUACCGUCGGUGAUAACAUCAUCUGCGUGAGGACCCCCGAUGGCAAGUCUACCUGCGGCGGCGACUCCGGCGGCCCCCUGGUCACACACGACGGUACCAAGCUGGUAGGUGUCACCAACUUCGGCUCCUCUGCUGGCUGCCAGUCGGGUGCUCCUGCUGGUUUCCAGCGGGUUACCUACCACCUGGACUGGAUCCGCGACCACACCGGUAUUGCUUACUAA